GUCAUGGUCGGGGAUGGGCAAGUCACGUGGUGCGCUUUUCUUAACCUGCGGUCGUAGGGAAAAUGGAAGAAAGCACGAACAAGUUUUAGGUAGAUGACUAGCCUCUUUUGUCAACGGGAGUACCAGGUAGCCCUCUAGGUUUGUUCAAUGACCUGCAAGUCAAUGUAAGUCCUGCUGAGUGACUGCGUGCGUGUGAAAGAGGGUAAAUUCGGUUCCCCAUGUCCUCAGGAGGUGGCUCCUGGGGGGCCACUGAGCGCGGCAGACAUGCUGCCCCCCACCACCACCACCACCAGUACGACCAAGUGGCAUCCGGCUCUCCGCCCCGCAACCACCACGCCCUCCGCAGCCAGCGCUCCUCCGAGCUCGCCCUGAGUUCCGACCCCCUGCCCCCUCCUCCGCUGCCCCACCAGCCACCCGUGGGACCCGACUCGGGCGUGGAGUCCGACCCCAGCCACGGUGACGCCGACUGCGGUGCCAGCGUGUCGUCUGCAGGGGCGCCGGCAGCGGUAGCCGACGACCCGGCGCUUGACAUCAAGCCCGUCCACCGCUUCAUCCCCGACUCCUGGAAGAACUUCUUCCGGGGCAGCAGCCACCGAGGCAGCAGCAACACCAACAGCAACAGCAACAGCCACAAGCUCUGGCCGCCAUCCAUGCCAUCCAACCGCAACAACAACAACACCGCCACCGACGGCAACACCACCACCGACGGUGUCCGCUGCUCGCCGCCCCACUCCCCUUCCUCCGUCCCCCGCGGCUCCGGCUCAUUCCGCGACCAGUAUGGCGGCUCGGGCGGCAGCUACAACUCCCGGAAGGAGCGGGAGGCCGCGCUGCUAGGCUCCGGCCCACCAGAGUCGCUGGACGGACGGACGGUCAGGACGGCCCACACGGGCCACACGGCGCUGAGCUACACGGAGCGCGUGGAGGAGUACCACCUGCGCUACUCCUACAUGAAGUCCUGGGGCGGCCUGCUGCGCAUCCUGGGCUGCGUGGAGCUGCUGCUGGGCGCGGCCGUCUUCGCCUGCGUCUGCGCGUACGUCCACAAGGACAACGAGUGGUUCAACAUGUUCGGCUACUCGCAGCCGGGCGGCUUCGGAGGCUACGGCGGCGGCGGGUACGCGGGCGCAGGCGGGGGCUACGGAGGGUACGCCUACUCGGGACCCAAGACCCCCUUCAUCCUGGUGGUGGCUGGGCUGGCGUGGAUAGUGACCAUCAUCCUACUGGUUCUCGGGAUGACCAUGUACUACCGCACCAUCCUGCUGGACUCCAACUGGUGGCCGCUGACGGAGUUUGUGCUGAACCUGGCGCUGGCCCUGCUCUACAUGGCGGCGGCCAUCGUGUACGUCAACGACACGCGGCGCGGCGGCCUGUGCACCUACGCCAUGUUCAACACGCCCAUCAACGCGCCCUUCUGCCGCGUGGAGGCGGGCCAGACGGCGGGCAUCAUCUUCCUCUUCGUCACCAUGGUGGUGUACCUGAUCGGCGCCAUCGUGUGCCUCAAGAUGUGGCGGCACGAGGCCACCCGACUGCACCGGGAGAAGUACGGGCACGAGAUGAUGGCAAGGGACACAAUGGAUUCACGAUAUCCGGCGAUGGCUGGUGCCAGGGCAGCUGAGCGGGAGCCCAUGCCCGUCUCCUCUGAGAUGCCCGUCCAUGCUGCCACCUCCGCCCCCGCGGCCGCGGCCAUGAGGCCCAAGGUCAUCAAGGGCCACAUCCCAUCCGGCCACAUCCCCAAACCCGUCAUCAUGCCUGACUACAUCGCUAAGUACCCCAGUAUUCGCUCUGAUGAGGAGAGGGACCAGUACAGGGCGGUGUUCAAUGACCAGUACUCCGAGUACAAGGAGCUGCACGCUGACGUCCAGGCCACGCUCAAGAGGUUCGACGAGAUGGACGCCAUGAUGCGCAACCUCCCCCAGCACGUCAACAGCCAAAUGGAACAGGAGCGCAUCCAUAACAUUCUCCAGGAAUACCAGAGGAAAAAAAUGGACCCCACCUUCCUGGAGAAGAAAGAGAGGUGCGAGUACCUGAAGAGCAAACUCGCUCAUAUCAAGCAGAAGAUCCAAGACUAUGACAAGGUCAUGGAAUGGAACGACGGCUACGGAUACAUGUCCUCCAAAAUUGGGAGUCCCCCUCCCUAUGAGUCUGAACAUGGAUACAAUGGGGUAGCUCAGCCGGCCUAUUCCUACUAUGCGGACGAUGAGCUCCAGCACUUCUACAAGUGGAACUCGCCGCCGGGCAUCAUCAAGAUCAUGUCCUGCAUCAGCAUCAUCCUCUGCGUGGGCAUCUUUGCCUGUGUGGCCUCCACCCUGGCACACGACAACAGCAUAGCCAUGGCAGGCAUGGGGGGUGGCAUGUACGGCGGUGGCAUGGGGGGUGGCUACGGCGGUGGCUACGGUGGCACGGGCUACGGCGGCGGUAUAGGUAUGGGAGGCAUGGGAGGAUACAACACUGGGAUGUACGGAGGCAUGAACUACUACAACGACCCCAGGAAGGGCAAAGGUUUCAUGCUGGCCAUGGCCAUCAUCUGCUUCCUGGCUCUCCUCGCCGUCUUCAUCAUGGUCAUCUCCCACCAGCGCAUGGCCCGGGGCAGGAAGUUCUACCUGGCCGUCAUCAUCAUGUCGGCCAUCUUGGCGUUCCUCAUGCUCAUCGCGACCAUAGUGUACCUGGUGGCGGUGAACCCUAUGGCCCAGUCGUCCGGCUCCAUGCAGUACAACCAGAUCCAGGCAAUGUGUGCCCCCUACCAGCAGCCGCAGCAGAGCGGCGUGUUCGUCAACCAGUACCUGUACCACUACUGUGUGGUGGAACCUCAGGAGGCGAUUGCCAUUGUGUUAGGGUUCGUGGUGACCGCCGCCCUCAUCAUCAUCUGUGUGUUCGCCGUGAAGACCCGGCAGAGGAUCAACGGAUACGGCAAGGACAACAUCCUGUGGAGACGUGUGAAGGUCAUCGAGCCAGAGGUCGCAGAUGGAGAUGUGGAGGCAUGGGUGAAUGACGUAUCGGCUGCUCCUGAGCCUCCAGCGGCUGACUAUCCCCUCAAAUCAAUCAGUGGCUCCAGGAAUCACCUGGAUGAGGACGCAUCAGACUACAAGCCCCCAUACAGCUACAGCCCAGCGGUUGUGGAGGAGUCGCUGCGCAGCAGUGCCAUCCCCUAUAGCAACAGCUCCGAGAGGCCCAGCUCUAAUGGACGGCCCAAGAAGAAGCGCGGGGGCCGCCGCACAGGAGACGGCUACGACACCGACGGAUACAUGUCCUCAGGAGACGAGCUGGACGACGAAGACUUCUCCAGUGAGUUCCCUCCUAUUGAGUAUGAACACGAGAGGGACGAGUACAAGCGUGUGUUCGAUGACGACCACCUGGAGUACAAAGAGCUGCAGGCUGAACUGGACGCCAUCAACAAGAAGAUGGCCGAGGUGGACAGGGAGCUGGACGACCUUCCAGAGGGAAGCCCCCAGUUCCUGGACGCCAUGGACGAAUACAAGGAGCUGAAGAACAAAAAGAAGAGUCCAGACUACCAGGUGAAGAAAAAGCGCUGCAAGUACCUCAAGUCCAAGCUGAGCCACAUCAAGAAAAUGGUCAGUGACUUUGACCGAAGAGGCUAAUCCAACACCGGCAGAGAUGCCAUCCUUCUCCCAUCUGAUUGGUUUUGCUUCCACAGUGGACGCGCAUUAGAGGUUCUGAUUGGGUGGUCGUCUUUGUUUGCCAGCUUGUGCACACCCACCUCCACGUGUGUAGAUGUUUGAGGUGAAUGGAAGGACCAACUCGUCAUCAUGCAACCAUUUUGGCCAGUCAACAUGUGUUAGCUGUACAGUCUAGUGUUCAGAAGCAAAGGGGAGUCCCAGACUUCACUAAAGGUGAAUAUUCACUAUUCUUAGCCAACAGGAUCAGAGUAUCUCAGAGAUUCAAAUGAAUUUGGACCUUUUUGUUGUAAGAUAGUAUUUUUUUAAAAACACAUGUUAUCUUGUUUCUUAAUAAGCUUGAUCAUGCUUUGAAUACUCGUUCCUCUAAGCUGUUUUGGGUCAUUUUUAAAAAUAAUGUUUUUAACAUGAUUUUUUGAGAACUGGUUAACUCUGUUGUUGUUACUGUAACUGUGAAAAGGAUUUUAACCUCAUUACCAAAAGAAUAAGAUGCAAUGGGAAUUUU